GUUGUCAGUCGGUACGGCUAGGUGUCGCCACAUCAACCACUUCUCUCAGCAGAAAAAUGGUCUAAAAACUCUUCUCUUCACUUUUAUGUCUUCAGACCAACUCUUUUUUUUUUUUUUUGAAAAAAAAGAAGAAACUAUUCUACAUACUUGAAAGCAUCCAUCAGUUUUAUUCCUUAAUUUCAUAUUUUUUUCAGAAUUCGAUAAAAAAAAAGCUAAUUUAAUAAUAGCAAAAAAAAGGUUGUCAAAAUGUCUGACUUGAUUUCUCUUCUGGAUGCGACUUUGCGAUUGAUUUCCAACAACGGAGCCGAACGUCGCCUUUGGAAGACGACACCGAGCCUGGUGAAGCCCGGGGGGUACCCACCCGAUAUCCUACUGCACAAAGCUUCCAAGGAAGAACUGGAAAAACUCGAGUGUGGCAUUUGUUUUCUCAUCUGCAAGAACCCGUGUCACUGUGUGAACAAGCAUCAGUUUUGUCGUUCCUGCGUCACCGUAUGGUCGGGAAGCGGGGAUUCUGAAAACCACAACAAAUGCCCCGUGUGCCGUGUGAGCGGCUACUAUCUACCGAGUGGUGCUAUUGCAGACAACCUCAACAACAGGCAGGUGCGCUGCCUCCUCCGCUCCUGCAUUUGGGUCGGUCAGCUGAAAAACAUUCACAAUCACCGUCAUGUGCUCAACAAAAAACUACAUCACGAAGACAAUUACAAGACGAAUAAGUCAUGCAACCACAACAACAACAAUAAUGAUAGCAAUAACAAUAAUUUGAAUCUUAGGGACAGAUGCUCUGAAAUAACGGAGAGAGUUUUAGCGAAGGAACCCUCGUCAGCAGCAGCCCUCCUUCAAAGAAUCCGGAAUGAGAGGAAAGAAGCCAACUUGUCUUCAAAUAAUUUGUUCACCGAGGCCACCGCAACCACCACCACCCAAUUGUCCCCUUUGUUAACAACCCCUCGUACAGGGCUCAGUUCUAGAAAUGUUUUAUCUUCUAGCAGUUCAACACCAGUAACUAAUACUACUACUAAUAAUAAUAAUAUUACUGAUAAUAAUAAUAGUAGUAGUUCUUUAGUUAGUCUUCAGCGCCACCACCCAACGCUUGACAACAACAACCGUGUGAAUGAGAGAGCAAACGAGUCUAUAGAGAGUGUCCUUCGUUCCUUCCUUCCUGCUACUACCACACAUCCAACUCCUGUAAGUCGCCUUAAUAAUAAUAAUAAUAGUAGUAGUAAUAGUAGUAGCCUUUCUAGAAAUGCUCUUCAAGCAAACACCACCCCACCAUCCUCUGCUCCACCGGUUACUGAGCCCGAUAAUGUCACCACCAACCCCAACAAUUCCAAUCGUGUCGGUCCUAUCCACCAUCGCUCUGUAAAUCGCCGAACUGGCCCCAAGGAAUACGAACGGCUACGGGCUCGCAUGAGGGAGACCCGUCUUCGACUGGAACAAAUGGAGACCACUCGCCGCGAAUUGGCUUCUUUCCAGGAGAGACAAAGACUCCAGCAUUUGGUCGAGGUGCGAGAACUUGGUCGGCAGCUGAACGAAGUGACAUUCCAAAUCCGGCGCCUGCUUAACCAGAUGAGUGCCAACGAGGAUCAUCCUCCCACCCAACUCGUCAAUUAAUUAGGAAAUAAGAAUCAAAGUGAAUACCCAAACAGCUGUUAGUUUCUCUUCAUUUGUACAAUUAUAGCCAGCAUCCUUUAACAAGACAUUCUUCUUCGCUACCCCCAACAUCUACUUUUACAUUGAGCUUACUCCACUAAUUCUCAUCCUCAUGAAUUUUUAUUUGCUUAUCUCACAUUUUCUUUCUCUAGGGGACAAUUGUAGUUUUAUUUUCUUCAGAAUUUAUGAAGCCAUUUUUUUCUUUUUAAAAAAAAAAAAAGCGUUUUUUUAAAUUCCUUUCGUCAGCUAAAACAUCCCUCACUCCCCCCCCAUCAUGUCCAGGAACUCCCAACCUUAUGAAUAUUUUAAUAUUUUAUUUCAUUUAUAUAUGUGUAUGUAUAUAUACAUAUAUACAUACACACAUGCAUGCACACGUCUUUUUUUACUUCAUCAAAAUCAACAUUUACAGGAAAUACUCAUUUUGCAAACUUUUAUUUCAUGAUACAACCUGAUACAAAGUAGAAAUGUCUAUUUUUCUGUUCCACAUUUUUCGAUUUCUUUGAAUUUUCCUGUCAGUGUCUUCCAUUUUAGUUUGAAUAUUUGUUUUCUCAAAAUAUAUGCAAAUCUUUCGGUUUUUAAAAUAAUUUUUAGAAAAAGAGGGGUCUGACUGGGGUUUCGUGCACCCCAGGACCACCUCGCUGUCGUUUACUUACUUUGGGGCAGAUGGGGAUUGAGGUCCCCACCAAUUUUUUUUCAGUUUUUCUCCAUUUGGGGCAUUUCAUUAUUUUCGUCUUUCUCUGGGUCCCUUAUGAUCAGAGAAGGGAUUUCUAAAACCAAAGGGAGGGAAAAAAAAAAACUCUAAAGUAAGUAAAAAAAAAAUAUUGUGAAGUAUUCUUUUUUGUUUUUUUUUUACAAUUAAUGUAUUUUAGAAAUUUGUGAUGUCUGCAUAUUAAUUGUUAAUGAAGUGUUUGUCUUCAUAAGUCACAAACACUAGCGCCACCUACAGUCUUCUCUACUGAUGGGAUCAGAUGUAGAUGCUGUGUCCGUAUGCAGACAGCUCUGAUGUUAAGACAGUGCUGUCUACAUCUAUAAACAACUGUUGUCUAUAAAUGUAGACAGCUAUAUAUACAUGUGUGUGUGUGUAUGUGGACAACAUGCCCCUUGGUGUACAGUGUUAUUUUCUUGGUGUUCUCUUUUCUCCCAGUAAUCCAAGCUCCUCCUUUUGACUUGCCUUUCUCUGCCUUGUGGCCCUGAGAGAGAGAGAAAAAGAUCUGAGAAAGAUCCAUUAAGAAUUUACUUCACUGUUUAUCAGAAGAAAGACAAAUCUUCACAAUAUUUUUUUCGAUUUCAAUUUAUUCUGAGGAAGUCAUUGAAACAAAAGGAAAUGAAUUUAGGGUGGAGGAGUAUUUCCUGAAGGAUUAAAUCGGGAGUUUAAUAGAAUUUUAAUUUUUUUUCUUUCUUUCUUUUAACUGAUUUUAAUCUAAUAUUAAUUCUUUUUUUUGUCCUCCCCAUUGUCUACCACUGCUUUUAUUAAUGUUUUUUGUUUGUUUUAUGGUUAAAAGCAUGAGGUGAAAAGAAAAUAAGAAAGGCCCUGUCCCCAUAGAUGUGUUUCUGGAAAAAAAAAACUCUCAGCUUACCUCAGUCCCCCAGUUAUUGACCUGUGUCUGUUGGCCGUUAUUAAUCAGAUAUUGAUUGCUUUACAAACCUGAUUUGAACAUUUAUGAAAUGAUCAACAUUAUCAAAGACUUAAGCAAUACAAGAAUUUUUAUUAUUUUUCAUUUUAUUUUCAGUUUUUUUUUUUUUGUGUAUUCAUGUUACUAAAUAACUACCAUCCCUGACCAAGUACUGCAACAGCAUGUCUAUAAUUAUGUAUGUGUGUGUAUUACAUUUAUAUCCAAUUUUUUCUUUUUUUCCCUUAUUUAAUUUUUGUAAACAGAAAAUGUUCAUGUAUAAAAAAAAAAAGAAAAUUUCAUCUCUAGUCAAAUGGUUUUAACAAUUGGUGUUAUUACCAGUUCUGGAAUCUCAGAUAUGACGAUGCAGUAAAAAGACCCCACCACCCCCACCAGCACCUCCACUGCAUUUUUCUCACCCUAAUAUCACCUUUGGUUAUGGUAAUUUCUCCUGCAUGAGAAAAGCCAGUUAUCCCAGCCCCCUCCGUUCCCUCUCCCGCUGCUCUACUUCCAUCUUUUCUAUGAAGAAAAAGUCUUUCUUGAGACGAGAAUCAGCCUCAGAACAAUCUUUUCAUCUUUAUCUCUUCCAAUGCAUGAUUUUUAUUCAUUUUUUUUUUUCUUUUUUAAUUUUUUUAUAAUCCUAUCUUGAUAAAUGACUGAUAUAAUCCAUAAUCGCCCCACCCCACCCUUAACUGUGUGAUAUAAAAUAACCCUCAGUUGGAGAUUAUAUUUAUGUUACAAUAUAUACAGUAUUGUGAACUAUCUCUUUAAAAUCAAUGAUGUGUUACCAAGUACUUUAUCAUCCUCGGUACUUGAUUACAAAAUUUAUAAAGCAAUUUUAAUAGCAAAUAAAAAUGAAUUUUUUUUAAAA